AAAAUUUAUUUCUACUUAUACAUGGAAUAUGUUGCAGCAGUUUUCUCAGGAAGCCCCGCUCAGCUCAUCUUGUUACAUUUCCAAGAGCCAAAGAAACAAGUCUAUUUUGAAUAAUCAUUUGCAUAAGCAGACACACACCAUGGGCUCUUUAAACUACCACAUUUGUUUGAAUGAAAUGAACUUGACUUUAGUUGGAGCUGUCACAUUGUGAUUUAUUUCCCAAUUUCCCUUCCUGUCAAUGGGCUAUAACAGUCAGCCCACUGUACACCUGUCCCUCAUGGCCCUUGGGUCCUCUAUUUCUGAGAAACACAGUGUCUGUGACGUCGGGUUGAGGAAGGACACAGCAUAACCAGCCCAGCCUGACCCAUGACAAAUGAUAGAGUAAAUAUUCCUGAUUAGCCUGUUUUAUCACCCACAUCUCUUCUCUAGCCCACCAGAGUGUCAAAUGAUCUGUUCAGACACUGCUUCCAGAAGGAGCUCUUAUCCUAGAUUUCGGUGAAUUGAUCCCAAGAUGAAGAAGGGUUCAAUGUCCAAAAGAAUGGGGCACCUUUCCUGGGUGUCCUGCUCAAUCCUCCAGACACCGAGUCUGCUGUUUUGUUUAAAAAGUGUCUUUCCUUCACUCAAAUUAUCUCAUUAAAGCCUCAAGUGAUCCUCGGAGGUUUUUUCAGUACUCAUCUCACAAAAGUGGAACCCGAAGCUAAGGAAGUUUAGGGUCACACGUCUGGUAAAUGGAUUGUGGGCUGAUUUCAGAUUUCCUGGCUCUGGAAGGCGUUAAAUAAAAUACAAAGGGAAAAAAAGUGAUGGGCAGGCUAAGAGGCACGCCUAGGAAGCAGCGCCGCUCAGGAAACAGAGCAUCCUGCGGUUCUUUGUUUAGUCUGGCCAGUCGAUUUGGGGAAAAGGAAGUAGCCUGUGGCAGGUGGAGGGUGGGGAUGGGGAGCAGGACUAGGUCUGGGUCGGGGGGAGCCCCUCUCUGCUCCGGGAGCCCAUCCGCUGGGGAGUCUCUCCUUGCUCCUCCCGAGCCGGGAAACGCGGCCCCGCCUGGCCCCGUGCGGCCGCCGUAGAGUCCUCGUUGCCAUGGCUCCCAAACUCGGGUACCGACGCGGAUACACGCGGAGGCGCGACUGGGAGGUGGCCAGGGAGUCGUGGAGGCGAGCUUCCCGGGCCCGCGAACCCGAGCGGCGCCAUGGGCCGGAUCACGGAAGAUCUUAUUAGACGGAACGCCGAGCACAAUGACUGUAUCAUUUUUUCCCUGGAGGAACUCUCUUUGCAUCAGCAAGAAAUAGAAAGACUAGAGCAUAUUGACAAAUGGUGCCGGGAUUUAAAAAUUCUCUAUCUUCAGAAUAACUUCAUUGGAAAAAUUGAAAAUGUUAGCAAACUCAAGAAACUUGAAUAUUUGAAUUUAGCCUUAAACAACAUUGAAAAAAUUGAAAAUUUGGAAGGGUGUGAAGGGCUGACAAAGCUUGACCUGACGGUCAAUUUCAUCGGCGAGCUGAGCAGCGUGAAAACCCUCCAACACAACAUCCACCUGAAGGAGCUCUUCCUCAUGGGAAACCCCUGUGCCGACUUCGACGGCUACAGGGACUUCGUGGUGGCCACGCUUCAGCAACUGAAGUGGUUGGAUGGUAAAGAAAUUGAGCGUUCGGAAAGGAUUCAGGCAUUGCAGAACUUUCCAGCAGUUGAGCAGCAAAUCAGAGAGCAGGAGAAAGCUUAUUGCCUCACACGAGCCAAGGACAAGGAAGCGACUCAGAGGAAACUGCAAGAGGAGGAAAACGAAGGCAAGGGGAGCCGCCACACCGACUCUGAUGGACACUGGUUCACAGACAUCAGCACCACGCUUCUGUCUUCUGAAGAGAACGAAGACCACAUCCAGGCACCAGAAAUACCAGAAGGGGAAUGCAAGAAGAAGAAAUCAGACAGCAGUGAAGACGACCUGGAAUUCUGGAACAAGCCCUCGCUGCACACUCCCGAAUCUAGAUUGGAAACUCUUAGACAUAUGGAAAAACAACGAAAAGACCAAGAAAAAUUGAGACUUGACUUCUCUUUGAAAGAUGAUGAAAAACGUAACCAGAUCGUCCUGGACCUCGCCGUGUAUAGGUACAUGGACACCUCUUUAAUCGAUGUCGAUGUACAGCCAACAUACGUGCGGGUCACGGUCAAAGGAAAGCCAUUUCAGCUCGUGCUCCCUGCAGAAGUCAAACCUGAUAGCAGCUCUGCUCAAAGAUCACAGACAACAGGGCACCUGGUCGUCUGCAUGCCCAAGGUGGGCGAGCUGGUCACAGGCUGUCAAGGAACGUCGCCGUCUGUGAAGAGCACGCCGGACCGUGGCAGAGCGCAGACACGCCAAAGAAGCCAGCAAGUUGAGAGACUAGAGGUCGAUCCCAGCAAGCAUUCCUUCCCUGACGUGGCUAACAUAAUCCAAGAGGAAAGACACACACCCAGAAGAGUUCAGUCUGAACCCAAAAGAAUACCAGGCGAGGAAGAUCCAGGCUUUGAAGAUAAUCCCGAAGUGCCUCCGUUGAUCUGAAACUUCAGGCUGUGCUGACCCACCAAAAUCUUUCCCAGGUUUGCUCAGUGCCGAGAGUGUGUUUAUAUGGUUUAUGGGGUAAACACAGUUACUUUUCAAUAUCACUACUCCUGUGCUUUAGCUUCUCCUCUGUGCAGUCAUGCACUCAACCUAGUUUAAAAUUAAAAUGUAUGCCUUCAGAGUGCUGUAACAUCAUUCGUCUGUCAUAAAGUGUUGGCUGGAGAAAGUGCUCAGUAAAUCACAGAACUGUUACAGAAACGUGCCGAUUAUAAAUCCCAGAAGUGCCUGCUUGUGCAGAUGGGUGAGGUCAUGGAUUAAAGGAGUGAUUAUUAAA